UGAACAAUAAGGAGGAAAAUGCAAAACUCGGUGGACUCUAUUAAUUUGGCACAGGUUCUGCAGAUCUCAUGACGCCUCCCGGAUAUGACCUGAUCAAUGCUGAACCUACUUUUUAUUGAUUGGGAAAAUGGGCAUCCACAUCAAAAUCAAAUGCUAUAAUAUCGUUCAACCUGUAUGCAAGAAAGAGACCACUGUUGUAGGAGAAUCACCUCUAGGUGAGCGCCUGCGGCAAAGCAAUCGGAACUUGGGAGAGUACCGUACUGAAGACUUCAUGGAGAGAACUACUAGAAUCCAUCUUGAUGAAGAAACAGCGAGAUAUAAUCGUUAUAUUGCGCGAGUUAGACAAGCAGAAAAUAUCACGAUUACUAAGCCACAGGAGGUAUUGUCUUUCUAUGCAUUCCUUCGAGAGUCUCGUGACUGGGUGGGGAGCGUAACGGUGAGAGCGAACAGCGAGAGAGAGCAUCGGAAACGCAUGCGGGAUGUAAUUGACGCUGUGCAAGAGUUGGGUAGAAAGGACGCAGAUGGAAACAAUCUAGUGGUGAUCAUUGAUGGCAGAGCUGCUUAGUGAGAAUGUGAUUUAUUGUGUUUUUCAUAAAUUCUAGCUUCUUUGUGUGCUGUAGCAAUGCUAGUGAUGUGAUUUAUUGUGUUUUUCAUCAAUUCGAGCUUCUUAAUUUGUGUUGUAGCAAUGCUUUUGUUUGUGUGUUUUAUGUGCAAGGAAUAAAUUUUGAGGAGCUCCUCGAUUUUACUACUAAUUUUUAUUCUAUAUAUUCUUCGUCAUUCUUUCGUUAAUAUAUGUACCUAUUUUGGAUGUGGCUCCAUCACAAAAAAUUUAAGAGCAGUGUGAUUAUUGUGAUAUUUUAUGAAACUUGUCUACUUU